AUGGCCGUGAGUCUGGUUAAUGGUAGUCAAGCUAAGGUUUCUUCACAGAACGAAAAGAAGCCGACUAACAGUGCCAGGCUUGGCACCUCUUUGCUAAACGGAUUUCCUCCUGUCAGUGAAUUGCUUUUUUCCAGGGAGUACUUGAAUAAAUCACUCCAAAUAUUGUUAGCCACUUUCGUCGUCCAAAUCCAAAAGGUAAGAAUAAUUAAUUCUGAAAGAAAGGAUCCCAAAAGUUUAUUGCAUUUCUUUGAAUUGGAUUUUAAUAAACUCUGCUUAAAGAUGACAACUCUACAGCAAUUUUUUGACAAAGAAAAUGUUGGUGCCAGUUCAUCUGUGAAGAAUCGUGUUGGUCUGACUGUGAGGAAACAGCAACAAGAGAACGCGUGUCUAGUAACGCCACGACAAGCAUUGGGUAACAUCAAUCGUGACCUUAGUGCGAACAGACUCACUCCAUUGUCCAAGAAGUUACCAAAGACACCAAGAACUGUAAAGGUCUUCACAGAAAAUCAUGAAAACUCUAAACCAAGGAAAGCACUAACAAGCAUCUCGGAAAAUAAACUGCUUGCGGACAUUAAACAAAAGAAAAGUACAGCAGGACCCCUAAGUUUAAUUUGUAGCAGCACCUCGUCCCGAAGUACUGUGCAUGUUGAUGAAAUUGAACAUAUUCACAAGCCACAAGACAAAGAAGAUGAUUACGAAGAUAUUUUUCCAAAGAAAGAACGCGUCAGUUCCUAUAUUGAUAAGCUGAUCAGUUGGCGACCAUCUUGCUUCAAGAAAUGGGAUGUUGAUGAAGAGAGCGAGGAUGAUAACGAGAUGCUCUUAAUUGACGAUGAAUUGCCUGUUAUAUCCAGGAUCACAAGAGGUGAGUGCAUGGGUUCAAUCUCUAAUGUCAUCUCUUCAUAUUGCAUUUACAAUUAUAACAACCUUGAUUAG